AUGCCGCAUUUACUUCAUCAUUUACCACCGCCACCACCACCACCACAACCUCUUCCACUCGCAGGAUCAUUCGACCCGAUUCCACCCAUUCCUCCUCGCACCCGCUCACGUCCAGCUUCUCAACAACAAACAGCUUUCACAACACCAAACCAUCCCAAGACCAAUUUCCUCUGCCUUGAUGAUCUUCCGUCACCGGAUCGUGAAUGGCAACUAUUCGAAAAUAUUGGAGAUGGAACAUACGGCGAAGUGUUUCGCGCAAAAAAUAUUCGCCAUCCGGACUUUAAUGCUGCUGUUAAAAUUAUGCAUCCAACCAAUGAAGUUCUCGAGGAAAUCGAACAAGAAUACCGUGUUCUUCUUCAACUAUCUACUCAUGAAAAUCUUUGUCGAUUCUAUGGUGCCUAUUUGAAGCGUGCACCCGCGCCACCAUUACCACCUCCACGUACCUCAAUAACAUCUCCUCCGGCUCCGAUCGAUAAAAUGAGUCUUCUCUCCAUCGAUACAAAUUCUGCCAACAGCUUUGCUAAUCCAUCUUCUACAGUUCAACUUGAUCAACUAUGGUUAGUUAUGGAAUUGUGCACAAGUGGUAGCGUUACUGAUCUGGCCAAAUCAAUGCUGAAAGCAAAUCAACGUCUGGAAGAAUCUGUUAUCGCCUAUAUCAUACGUGAAACAUUGAAAGCUCUGCAUCAUCUUCAUUCCAAUAAUGUUGUUCAUCGAGAUGUGAAAGGUCACAAUAUAUUAAUCACCGGAGAUGGACAUAUCAAAUUAAUUGACUUUGGUGUUAGUGCCUAUUUGGAUCCAAAUCGUGGACGACGGAAUACAUCCGUUGGUACACCAUUUUUUAUGGCACCCGAAGUUAUUGUUUGUGAAAGACAAAUGGAUUGUGACUAUGAUACACGCGCUGAUGUUUGGUCGACGGGUAUUACAGCUAUUGAAAUAGCAGAAGGAGAGCCUCCACUUGCUGAAAUGCAUCCAAUGCGUGCACUAGUUUCUAUUCCGCGAAAUCCACCUCCAUGUUUGCGUCAGCCGCAUGAAUGGUCGAAAGAAUUCAACGAUUUUAUUCGUCAAUGCCUGAUUAAAGAUUUCGUUAUUCGACCCACUGUUGCACAAAUGCUAAAUCAUCCAUUUCUCAUUCGAAUACCUACAGAUAGCACCGAAGCUCGCCGUUCGAUUGUUCAAAUUGUUCAACGUUACAAACGUUGUUAUGAUUUAUGCGUGAAGAAAACCAGCCGUGAGACAUGUGGAGUGAAAAACGGGCACAUUCGAGGUAAGUCAGAAACAUGUUCGUCUGUCGCCAUCGAAAAUGCAGUUAUACACUCACCUGUCCUCGAACCAGCUGCAUCUGUAUCAAAACGAAUGUUACAAAUGAUUAGUAAACCAAAUGAACAUCAUAAACGGCCAGCUCCACCACCACCACCGCCGACGUCAUCUUCGAAUGAUAACUGUAAAACCAAACGGAAAUCUCAAUCUCGUCGACAUCAAAAACAACUUCAAGACGAAAACCGUUCCGCACAGUUCUAUAUGUACGAUAGAGCGUCUGAAGAUGCACAUGUUCGUCAUCCCACCUUGAGUAAAAAAUCGAAUAGUAAACAUUUUUAUAAUUCAACCUACGAUUGUGCGUAUUCGACAACUUAUAUAACAACCGAUGAUUUAGCACAAUUGGAAACGUUCGAUGAACAAUCUAUCAUGACACACAUGUACAAUCGAUUCCUGUCGAACCAAAUCUAUACAUACAUCGGUGAUAUACUUGUUGCCGUUAAUCCAUUUCAUUCAUUACCAAUCUACAGUAAAGAUGUAAUGAUUCGUUAUCGUUCAAGCGUCAAAAGCGAACAACCGCCUCACAUCUAUGCUUUGGCUGAUCUUACAUACCAAGCCAUGUUACAUGAUUCCGAAAAUCAAUACAUUGUCAUAUCGGGUGAAAGUGGCUCAGGCAAAACUCAAUCGGCUAAUUUUCUUGUUAAGCAAUUAACGUUUCUCGGCAAUGCACCACAUAAAAGUCUGCAAGAGAAAAUUCUCCAAAUUAAUCCGCUGAUCGAAGGAUUCGGCAAUGCUCGAACAAUCAUCAAUGAUAAUUCAUCACGUUUUGGCAAGUAUCUCGAAAUGCUAUUCACUAAACAAGGCCGUGUUACUGGCGCACGUUUAUCCGAAUAUCUCUUAGAGAAAACGCGUGUUGUCAAUCAAGGACAUGGCGAGAGAAAUUUUCAUAUUUUCUAUUAUCUGUACCAUGGCUUAGCAUCAUCGCUGCCGAAUGAUAAACAGGCAUUUUAUUUAUCAACAAGUCAAACGUAUCGUUACAUGAAAACCGACUGUGAUGAUGAACAGCAUUAUGCGGAGAACUUCAAAGAAAAGUUUCGCACCAUUGAAAAGUGCUUCGAAAUUAUUGGCUUUCAAUCGGAUGAAGUGAAAUCAAUCUAUCGAAUCUUAGCUGGCCUAUUACAUUUAGGAAACAUCAAUUUUCAUCAAAAUGAAGGCCAUUUCAUCGAUGGGAAAACUUGUUUGACAGAUGGUUAUCUACUAAAGAUUGUUUGUGAGUUAUUCGGUUUAGACAUAGCCGAACUUGAUUUAGCGCUAACAACGUGCAAUAUUGUUACACGAGGUGAAACAAUUCAACGUUCAACAACAUUACAGGAAUCUCAGUCGACUCGAGACGCGAUGGCUAAAGCACUUUACAAUCGACUUUUCUCCUGGAUUGUCAAUCGCAUUUCUGCGCUACUUUCACCAUCGACAAACAGUUCGAAGAACGUCUUUCGUCCGAUAACCGACGACGAUUCGAGUCUCCAGUCAUAUUCGUGUAAUAAUUACAAUAACAACAAUAACAAUAACCAACAAGAUCUAAGCGAAAACGAAGCAGAUGACAAUUUCGAAGAUGAAUACGAGACAGGGAAUCCGAAUAUGGCCGUAAUGACAUCGUACCCGCCACCAACAGUUAUGUGUGCAAUGCGUCGAACAUUUGAUUAUCUGGAUAUGACGCCAUCGUCAUCAUCAUUUUUACUUCAAUUGCAACAAUCUGAAGAUGAUGAUGAUGAUGAUGACGGUGAUUACGAGCUGUUGAAUAUGAAUAAUAAUAAUAAUACGAGCAAUACUCCAUCACCACCACCGUCACAAAAGUCUAAUUCAAGUAAAUCUAAUCAUCAGCGAAAAUCGAACUUUAUCAAUGAUCUAAGUAAUAAACCGGUUCAGAAUCUGAUUGAUAACUGGACAAAAGCAGUUGCUGCUUCGUCGAACUGGAUACCACCAGCUGAAAGCAAACACUUCGGACGUUUGAAUCUAUCUAAUCGCGCAAUAAGCGAAACAAAUUUAUUGCUUCGAAAGAAAACUGUUGAAAACAAUGUUAGAAAACACUACCAAUCCAGCAAUAAUCUUUGCAACAACAUAAAACAAUCCACGAACUUCUCAUCGAAACAAGAUUCUAUCUCUGAAUCCGCUCAAGAUCAAGAUGCAUUGAAGAUUGCCAUUCUUGAUAUAUUCGGUUUCGAGAAUUUCUCGACCAAUUCAUUCGAACAGCUGUGUAUUAACAUUGCGAACGAGCAAAUUCAAUACUAUUUCAAUCAGCACGUAUUUGCAUGUGAAAGACAAGAGUACAUCAAUGAAAACUUAGCAGUUUUACCAUUACCAGCCAAAAUGGACUUUACAUUUUACGAUAAUCGACCUUUGUUAGAUAUGUUUCUCAGUAAACCAGUUGGAAUUUUGGCCUUGAUUGAUGAGGAAAGUCGUUUUCCAAAAGCAACUGACUUUACACUUGUGGAUAAACUGAAUGCAAACUUUUCCAAUUCACCCCUAUACAUUCGUUCGAAAUCAAGCUUUUCGUCCAGUUCGAUCUCGUCGUCUUCCUCAUCAACGCAUCAAUCAGUUCCUUCAUUUUCGAUCAUUCAUUUCGCUGGACAAGUUCAAUACGAUGCUCGAAGUUUUCUCGAGAAAAACCGUGAUUAUCUAGCACCGGAAAUCAUACAAAUCCUCCGUUCAUCACAUGUGCAACUAAUCAGUUCGCUCUUUCAAUUACCUUCGUCGAAAGUAGGCACAUUACAAGAAUCCGAGCAGCCUAUUACUGAUGCCACUCUUGACUUAACAAAUACAUUGAUACCUCUGAGUGCCAAUCAUAAUCGGGUGCAAGCAACAGUUAGCACCUACUUCCGAUAUUCCCUAACUGAUUUAUUUUCGAAAAUGACCUGUGGAUCGCCGAAAUUUGUUCGCUGCUUCAAACCAAACAACGAACGCAUUCCCGGUUGUUUUGAUACCCAAACUGUGCUUGAACAAUUGAAGUACAGUGGGAUCCUAGCAGCGGCAAAAAUCCGUCGGUUUGGGUAUUCACAUCGUAUUCCCAUUGCAACUUUUGUUCAACGUUACGGCAUCCUCGUUUAUCCUGCGACGGCUGAUCUGCCAUUAACACGAGAAACUUGUGAGAAUAUACUGCACAAACUGAAGAUGCAAAACUGGACAAUUGGAAAAAGUAAAGUUUUCCUGAAAUACUAUCAUGCGGAACAAUUAACGCGUCUGUACUCGGAAAUACUCCAUGCCAUUGUUACGAUCCAAUCGUAUGUUCGCAUGCGCAUAACUCGCUCCUACUAUAAACAUCGGUAUUAUAAACACUCGAAUGAUAUGAUGAUUCAAGAACUCCAUCGGCAUCCGAAAUUUUCACGCCCGCUUUUUGAUGACGAGAAAGCGAUUAUUCUUGUUCAAGCGUAUAUUCGCGGCUAUCUUCAACGACGUCAAUUUCAGCAGUCCCUAAAGAAACCUUUAACACCUGAAAUCGCAGCAAUUCGUAUUCAAAAAUCCUAUCGAGGUUUUCGAUUUCGUAAAGUGUUCCAUCUAUAUGAGCAACGUUUAAACACUCAAAUACUUUGUUUUCUUCAACAAAUUGAAUUAAUCAACAAUGAUUUUUUCAUAAAAAUCGUUCGAACCAACUACUGUGUACCGAUGAAAUCCAUUAUGACCUCUCAAAUCAACAAUAAACACUUCUUUCCACCUCCACCACCUUUGCCUUUACCAUCACCGUUGAUGCAUUCUGACAUCCCGAUUCCAAUUCUUCCGCCACCAUCAUCAUUCGGUAUAUCUCCAGCACGUUCUCAUUCGAUGUUAACAUCUCGUUCCAAUCGAUCACCAUCGCCGGUCGUAUUCGGAUCCAAAUUCGCGCAAGUUCGAGAUAUAUUCGCUCGCGGCGGUGGCGGUGGUGGUCCAACAACCGCAGCUUAUCCGUCCGCUCCGAUCAGAGCCUCACUUCCAAGCUUAUCGGCAAUUCCAAGUUUGGAGCAAACUCGUAGUCCGAAAACAGUCACUGUUCUAAAUGCUGUGCAAGAAUAUCAACGACAACAUAUUAAUAAUCAUCAAUCCAACUUAAAACGUUUCACUCAGUUUCAUAGUGGCGUUGUUGCUAAUCUAAACCGUUCAGCUACCAAUGGCGGACUUCGAUCUCGUAACACUGGACUGAAUAAUAAUGCUAAUAAAUGUCCAGUCAAACAAAAUCUGCCAGCAUACGUUACAUCAUCUCCUAAACAACAACCAAAGCCAAUUACACGGGAACCAUCGAUGUCCACUCAACCUAAAUACGCAUUUCAUGUUUUACUUCGUAAGACAGGACAAGAUUUAAGCACUGGGCAAACUCUGGCACGACGUCGAACGACAACUGAAACCAAACAAAUCGACUUCCGUAGUGUCUUGAAAUCACGUCAUACGUUAAAUGGAACUACAGACAACGAAAUCAUCAUUCGAUCAAACAGUUUUUCUCAUCAUUUAAGUCCCGAUAGUCGAAUACGAUUGAAUGAUCUUUAA